AUGAAAAUAUCGACUGUAUUCCCUUACGCGCUCCUGUUUAUCUCACUACCGAUACACGCGGAGUUUUUAAUCAGAGAAAAAGUCAGAAGAAGGAACACCGUGAUAAAAGUGGACGGCGACGCGGCGCCGCCGUGUUAUUAUAACAACUCUUUAUUUAAAAACGUCGACUCUUUGAAGCGCAUUGUGGCGCAGUCUAAAUACAUUUUCACCGGGAAAAUUUCCAGUGUGCACAGUAAGAGGAGAGCGGGGAAGAGCAGGGGGAACAUAUUCAAAGUGUUUGUAAGACGUGUUUUAAAAGGUGAUAUAGAGGGGUUGAGUGAUUUGUUGAAUUUCGAGACGAGGACCAGCAACUCUUCGAGCCGCGCUUUCGUUUUCGCCGAAGGGACGCGCUGGAGAAAGUGUGGUCAAGCCUCUCGGGGUUGGGCGGCCAUACUUUUCAGCGGCAAUGGCUUCGCAUCCCCGCUGAAACUGCUUGUAGAUCCGGUGCCCUCCGCGCUCGAACGAGUGCGCCGCGUCAAAGUUCUCAUAAGAGGUGUUGGGGCGUCCGCGCCGUUGUGCCCGCACCGGUCACCUCGGGCGGAUAAAAUGCGACCACUGCGCCAUUACGAGCCGCCGAUACUCGCGAGCACGUGUAAAUUUCUAUGUGAGAACACGCCAGAUAAGCCCGAGGCGUGGGCGGAGGAGAUGCGUGGCGCCGACGCGGUCCCACUGUUGCUAGUCCGCUUUACAUUAUUU